CCCAAUUAAGUAAAUUAACCAUGUAAAGAGCCUUUCCAAGCUAAUUACCAUUAUAUAUAUAUACAUGCAUGAUAUACAUAUCGUUGAAAGUGCUACACAACUUCUACUUUGUCUACCCUUUGGUCAUGGAAAAUCAACACCGCCGAGAGUUCACGUUCUUACGCUCCCGAGACUUCCUCCGCCACAACAAUCGCGAGGGCACCGAUCCCAUGGUUGAGAAUUCCGUCGAGCAUCGCAACCCGAUGAUUAAAGAAAUGGACUUCUUUUCCCGUUCUGCCACUCUACACAAUAAGCAUCACCGGGCACAUGAUGAUCAUGAUGAUGGUCAUCAAUACCUCGAGAGGAAGAACGAAGCAUCUACGACAAAAGUUUCCGAUCCAAGUGUCAACACCGGAUUAAAUCUGCUCACUGUAAACUCUCGGAUGUUAAGAUCAUCACCAAAUCAGGAAGGAAAACCCAAUACUGAGCUGAUUACACUUCAAGGGGAGUUAGGCAGAUUACACGAAGAGAAUCGGAAACUGCGAAGCAUGUUGGAUCAGAUCACAAAAAGUUACAGCGAAAUGCAAGGUCAGCUGCUCGUGACAAUGCAAAACCAAUUUCAACAGAAUCUUGAAGAACAGGUUGAGCCCAACGGAAUGUCAAGUCACAUAAUGUCGGCCCAACGGUUUAUGGACACACGACCACCAGCUGCACUAGAUGCCAACAUUGAUCCUUCCAAUUCUGAUGACAAGACACAAGAGUUGUCUGGGUCAAAUACAAUGGAGGUGAUGUCCAAGGAACGUGACCGCUCAACUGGGAAGCAGACAGGCAUUGAACAAGAUGGUUUUGAUCAGUCCUCACAGAGUUGGGGGUCUGCUAAAAGUCCCAAGUUAGAUAAAGCCAAAGGCGAAGAACAGGCUCCUGAUCAGGUCCCGCUCAGGAAGGCCAGGGUGUCCGUACGAGCAAGAUCAGAAGCUCCUUUGAUCAGUGAUGGGUGCCAAUGGAGGAAAUAUGGUCAAAAGAUGGCCAAGGGUAACCCUUGUCCACGUGCCUACUAUCGCUGCACUAUGGGUGUUGGAUGCCCAGUUCGUAAACAGGUGCAAAGAAGUGCAGAAGACAAGACCAUUCUCAUAACAACUUAUGAAGGUAAUCACAACCAUCCUCUCCCUCCAGCAGCCGUAUCAAUGGCUAGUACUACCUCAGCAGCAGCAGCCAUGCUCCUCUCAGGUUCGACUACAAGCAAAGAGACCCUAACAAAUUCUGGCUUCUCGUCUAUGCCUUAUGCAUCGACAAUGGCAACAUUAUCUGCCUCUGCACCAUUUCCCACCAUCACCCUCGACUUGACACAGAGCCACAACCCCAUGCAAUACCAUCGCAUAAUCCCACCAUCUCCAUCGGGGACAAUAUUCCCUCUGCCUUUGCAUGGUUGUCCGCAGCUCCUAGGUCACCCAAUGUACUUCCCUCCCAAGCUACCUGGAACGCCAGCACUGCAGAUUGGCCAACGCCACACUUCCAUCGUUGAAACGGUUAGCGCAGCCAUUGCUUCAGACCCAAAUUUCACGGCAGCCCUAGCCGCUGCCAUUUCAACAAUCAUAGGAGCACCGCGGAGUACUAAUGAUGGAAACAACGUCGGUACUGGAAGUACAAUCCCCAGUAAUGGAGGAGUUGCCGGAUUGCCUGGAUCUCCACAGCUUCCUCAAUCCUGCACCACGUUUUCCACCAACUAAUCAACCUUUCUUGAUUUGAGAGAUCAGAAGGAAGGAUCCCAUGUUUAUAGGAGUCUGUUACAGUAAUAUUCUAGCUAAUAUUGUACAGGAAACUAAAGAUGAGAUGAUCAUUUCGUAGUUACCAUAAGGCAAGCUAGCUAGCUAGCUUGGACGUGCAGUUUCGAUUUCGUUCCAGCUUUUAGGGUUCUGGCGUUCUCACGGAUUCACAUGAUCUGAUUAAUUUAGAUCUACUACGUACGCAUGUAGUACUUGAUAUAUAUUUACAUA